GGUCGGUCUAUAAACAGACUGGUUACAACUCUUCUCCCAGCUCUACACGAUCUUUCUUUGCAAAGUUAUAGAAUUUACAAGAAAAGCCCUAAAUGUUCAUUGUCAGCUCAAAACUACAGAAAUAAGAAGAAAUUAAUUUAGGACUUUUCUUGUAAGUUCUAUAACUUUGCAAAGAAAGAUCGUGUAGAGCUGGGAGAUGUCUCAUUUUAAUCAGAAAUGUCCGGGCUACAAUCAUGCCACAUUAAGAAAAGGUUUUGGUUAUUUGUUUAGAGUUUCUGGUUUUCCAGAAAAUCGGAUCUUCAGGAGUCAUCGGGAAAAAUCCGUUUAGGUUUUAUACUAUCUCGAUAUACUCUAUCGAUUGACGUGUGAAUGAAUGAAAACGGGGUGUGUCACCUGAGAACGUUUCCUCGUCAGUUCCUCAACAAUAGAAAGUAAGAGUGGCCCAUAAAUAAUAGAUCACUUAUUAUAGACUAUCAUCAUGAUGGUUGCUUUUGACCCUUCUGUAUUCGUAGUGAAAUGUUGUUGAGGAAGAAAUUUUGUGUCGUAGUGUUUUGCCAUGCUCGUCACAUCUUCCUUCCACUUUCCUUCUAGUUACGAAAUGUCUUUGAAUUCGAAGUAGUAUUGUCCUACAGCUUACUUCGUUGAUCUUUCUUUCUUUUGUUGUAUAGGCUGCUUUUCACCUUUGUUCUUUUGUUUUAGGUUGUUGAUUGUUAGUGUUAUGGCCAACUUUUCUAAUCCCAAUUACAAUUUCAAUGAUAAUAUAAAAGCAGCUGCUAAUCUGAAGUUGGAUUUAUCAAAAAUUUCAACAUCAGAACAACAUGAAAUUUUCAGAAAAUAUCAAGAAGGCGCAAAUGUUACGGAAGUCGGAUCAUUUUUUGGUUUUCUUACAAUGAUUGGUCAUUUUUGUCGGAAUAGUUUCUUUUUACAUUAUAAUUCCGACUCCGAAGAAAAAUGCGUUAAUUUAUAUUCAGUUGUUAUUGGUCAAUCAGGUACUGGUAAAUCAAAUAUUAUUCGUGUGAUUAAAGAAGCAGUUGUAAAAGUUGAAGAGAUCUUCUCAUAUUUUUACUUAAAACCAGUCAGAAUCGGAAUGGAAGAGCAAGAAACAUCUUCUAUUAUAUCGGAUUUGUCAUUACUGGGGCUCAGAAAACAUUUAGCAUCACAAAAUAAAAUAUUGAUGUAUGAUGAAGCAGAUAACAUAUUGCAAAGAUAUGGAGUAUUUGGUAAUGAAAAUGCUAAACAUGCUGCCGCAGCUGCAUUAAUCAUGAAAGCGUUUGAUGGUAUUCGAGAUGAAACUCGAUCAACUGACUCUACGAGUGUAACAAUUACUCGUGCCAAAAUGUCAAUGCUAGUAACAACCGUUGGUGCAAAAUAUGACAAACUUCUCAAAUGUUGGGCAAUGUUUAAUGGAAGCUUAGAAGGUUUACAUAAUCGAAUAAUACAUCAAGUGCUUCCUCCAAUUAAACCUAUGCUUAACAGACAUAAUGAAAACAAAUUACGGGUUUAUGAGAAUCAGAAGGAAAAAAAGAAUAAACAAAAUGUGCCUUCAUUCGCACAUAUUGCAUUGAUCACACAUUUAUUUGGUGAUGUUCAUUAUGUAUGGAGAAAAUCCGAGAAAGAUGAUACAAGUCUAAAACAUGAUACAGGAUCUCAAAAUUUACAAUCAACAUCAGAUCCACAAGCUCAGGCCGCACACUGUAGCGCUUAUAAUUACACAUAUAAUAAAAUGAUUGAUUAUAUGUUGAAAAAACCUGUUAAUGAUCAGACGGAUGAAGAAGAAUUACAACAUGAGAUAAUCGGUACUAAUACAAAAGCAGUGAUUAUUAUUCCUCGUUUGUGCAUCUUAUUUCAAAUAUUCAAUUAUGCCAUGGAUGUAUUGAAAAAAUGUGGAAAUGGCGUUGUGUUUGACGAAGGUUAUCUAACAUCAAGAAAAAUUAAUGAAUCAUUGAUCCGAAAUGCAGCAAUCAUAGUGAAUCAAAUAUUAGGUUUUGCACCUAGAAGUCCACAUUGUCCGAGAAUGCCAAUGUUAUUUGUCGAAAAAUCGGCUUGUGUUGCAGCCUGUAACUAUUAUGAUCAUCUUCAUAAUACUGCUGUUACAUUGUUUACACUACCAAAAAAGUCGUUAUCUAGGUGUAAAUUAACAAGGCCACUAUCAUCAUCACAUGUACCAUCAACACCGGAGGAAGCAAUUUGUUUAUUUCCAUACAAUUUUUUCAUGUCUGAUGCUCUAACAGCGACAACGCUGGAACAAUGGCAAGUAAAAAAUUCACUGUUUCAUAAUAGCGAUGAUUCAGUUAAAGCAGCUUUAACAAAUUUGAUCAAUGAUGGAAUUUUGAUCAGCGGUGAUUUUCCAGUUCAUUCUAAAAAUAGUCAUCAUGAAAGUAUGAUGAAAGUUCCAGUGCCCCAUGAUCAACGAAAACGUGAUGAAUUUGAGACUAAAUUGAAACAAUAUAAUGUCAAAUUAAGUGAUUACAAAAAUGUGUACAAAACAUCAGCAAAACCAGCAAAAUGUCGAUUGUCUCGUGAAACUGUUUAUUUUUAUUCUCAGUUUGCUGAUUUUGUGCCUGAAUAUUCAAAGUAUAAAACGGAUAUGAAAGAAACAAUUGAGCAAUUAAUAAAACAUGGUCAUAUUACAGAAAUAAUUGUAAAUAAUGACAUUCAAUAUGCUGUUUCAUCAACAUCUAUGCAUUUUCGUUCUCUUUCCAUUGAUAAAGCAACAUACGAACAACUAAAAAAAGAAUUGCCACCGCUCCUGAAAAGAAAAAACUCAGCAAAAUCUUCCGGAUCACAAUCAGACGAUACGAAGACAGCAUUUACACAAUUAUUAACAACGCCUGCGCCUUCACAGUCAAUGACAACAUCAACACCCCUUUCGAAUAAGUGUUCACAACAACUACCGAUAUCUGGUUUACCGUUUUACAGCCAAUCUCCUUCAAGCUUGUCUGAGAUGCCGAAUGAUAUUAAAAGAUUAUUUGAAAUGUUUUUGCAAUCAAAUAUAAAUCAAUUCACAACAUAUCCAAAUUCACUUAGCGUUCGAGCUUCACAAAACCAGACAUCAGCUGCUACUCUAUCCACUAAUCAAUCAUUACGCGAUCGACGAGAUGAAUCAUUGAAGCGAUCAACAGCUUCACUACAGUCGUACAUAGAUUUGACCGGUGACAGUUCACAUCAUUCAACAACAAAUGCAUCAGCAGGAUCAGUAGCAAGUAGUUAUAAACGCUCAUCGAGUGAAUCAAUCGAUUCAGUACGAAAACCAAGAAAACGUGCUUAUCGAUUAUGUCCUCCAUCAUCAUCACUUUUAAGUAUAACAACAAACCGAACAUCAUCAGAAAACCACCAGGACAUGCAAGCAGAUGCUAUUCCAGGACAUUCGUUACGUGAAAAUUUAAAAAAGCACAAGAAAGUUUUAAGCCGAGGAGCCCAGCGAACAGCUGGUAUCUGA